AUGAGCAUCACCGGGUACGCUCUAGUCGUGGGAGGAGAAAAAGGCACCGGCAUCGGCCGCGCCUGUGCCCUAACUCUCGCGAAAGCCGGCGCAGAAGGAAUCCUCAUCGCCGAUAUCAACGUUACCGCUGCAUCAGAGACAGCGCGCCUGUGCACUAGCAUGAGACUCGUGGCCAACUCACCCAUUUCCUUCCUCGCCUUAGCAACGCACGUCGACAUCACAGAUCAAGGGUCUGUGGACGCCGCUGUUUCCGCGAUGAUCGAGCGUUUUGGACACAUGGAUUACUGCGUUAACUGCGCGGGGAUUGGACCAAAUAGCCACGAUGAAAUCGCGGACGCCGAUACUGGCGCGUUCAAGCAGAUGCUGGAUGUUGAUGUCACUGGAACCUUUCAUGUUAUCCGGGAAGCUUCCCGUGUAUUUUCAGCGACAGCGGGUUCAAGGGGUGCUGCAUGGUUUGGAUCGCUCGUCAACGGCCCCAUCGCCGACCGAUUCGGGCGCAAGAUGUUAAUCAACCUGGCUGUUGUUGUCUUUGUAAUUAGAUCGGCUAUCCAAUGUAGUGCAACCAACAUCCCCAUGAUCUUCGCCGGUAGAGCGGUUGCUGGGUUGGCGGUUGCUGGGUUGGCGGUUCCAUGUGUUUGUCUCGCCAUCCCCUCAUACCUCUCAAGCAGCCCGUUGACGCUGACAGUAUCCGUCACGAUCGGCAUCCUUGUCAGCUACUGGAUCGACUAUGGCACAAACUGCAUUGGCGGGACUCGCUGCGCCCCGGAUGUGCCCUACGCCGGCAGUUUGUUUGAUCCGUAUAUCGAUGUACCGGAAACUGGCUGCACAGGGCAGUCUGAGGCAUCCUGGCGUCUGUCACUUGCCAUCCAGAUUGCGCCUGCAGUAAUCCUAGGUAUUGGCAUGUUGUUCUUCCCGGAUUCGCCUCGAUGGCUGUUGAUGACAGAGCGGGACGACGAGGCGCUUUCUUCAUUGUCUAGGCUACGUCGGCAGGCGACCGAUAGUUCGGCUCUGCGGAGUGAGUAUUUGGAAAUCCGGGCGUCCAUCAUGCUGGAGAAUAGCUUCGCGAGAGAGAAAUUUCCAGGUCUCUCUGGUGUCAGACUUCACGCUGCUUAG